GACAAAUGGCGUCUCUUCAGCGAGCAGCAGCUGAUUCCCCACCGAGAACGGCAGCAGGGACGGAGGGGAGGUAAACACGCCGCCCCCGGAUUUCCUCGCAGCGGGACGGUCCGCCGCUUUCUGCGGAAUCUGCGCCGCAUCCUGACGGCCGGAGUCGCUUUGUGGAGAGUUUGGAGCCUCCGUGGUGUGAAAACAAACCGGGUCAGCCCGGACUCCCGUCCCGCUGCUCGUGUUCGGCUGGUGCUGCUCGUCAGGGCCCGGAUCAGAAACGUGAAGAUGGGCAUCAGACCUGCGCGGCUGCUCCCCCCCUGCGCCUGACUGACUGGCUGACGGCUCGGCGGCUUAAUCCAAUUCAGGAGAUCAUCUUUUCUCCCUCCUGAGGUCAAACUGUUGAGACCAGCUUUGUGGAGGUGAAGAUGACCACCGCACGGUACCGGCCCACCUGGGAGUUGGCCGUUGACCCCCUGGUUUCCUGCAAACUGUGCCUUGGAGAGUUUCCACUGGAGCAGAUGACCACCAUCACGCAGUGCCAAUGUGUCUUCUGCACACUGUGCCUGAAGCAGUAUGUGGAGCUCCUGAUUAAAGAAGGCCUUGAAACUGCAAUUAGCUGUCCUGACUCUGCCUGCCCUAAAAGAGGACAUUUGCAGGAAAAUGAGAUCGAGUGCAUGGUGGCGACGGAGAUGAUGCAGAGAUACAAGAAGCUUCAGUUUGAGCGCGAGGUUCUGUUGGACCCGUGCAGGACGUGGUGCCCGUCCUCCAGCUGCCAGGCCGUCUGCCAGCUGAAGGAAACCGACUCCCCUGCUCUGCCCCAGCUGGUCCAGUGCGCCGUCUGCGCCCUGGAGUUCUGCUCCGCCUGCAAGGCCGCCUGGCACGCGGGGCAGGCCUGCCAGGAGAGCAACCCGCCCAUCGCCUCCUUCCUGCCCGGCGAAAACAGCUCUUUCUACAAGAACGAAGAGGACGACGCCCCCAUCAAGCGCUGCCCCAAAUGUAAAGUGUACAUCGAGAGAGACGAGGGCUGCGCCCAGAUGAUGUGCAAGAACUGCAAACACGCCUUCUGCUGGUACUGCCUGGAGUCCCUGGAUGAUGACUUCCUGCUGAUCCACUACGACAAAGGGCCGUGUCGGAACAAACUGGGCCACUCCCGGGCGUCGGUGAUCUGGCACAGAACACAGGUUGUGGGGAUCUUCGCCGGGUUCGGCCUGCUCCUGCUGGUCGCCUCGCCCUUCCUCCUGCUGGCCACGCCCAUCGUCCUCUGCUGCAAGUGCAAAUGCAGCAAAGGCGACGACGACCCGCUGCCGACCUAAACGCCCCGCAGCGACGCGUCGCAUCUUCUUCCCGUCGACUUUCACCACUUUUCCAUUCUGUUUUCCUCCCACCAGCUUUGAGAGAGCUUCAUUUUUCCGAGCUGGGCCUGAAGCAGCCGCCGCUCUGCAUGAGGAGGACAGAAAAGACGCCGCUCCUCCGCUGAGACGUUGGGAAAACUUUGGACGGUUUGUGAAUGCGAAGAACGUCUGCUCUUCUUUUUUUUUUUUUUUGGUGUUGUAAUUAUUUUGGGCAGAUGCGAACAUUUCCUGGUCUGCUGAACGGACGCCUUCGUAGAAGGACUUCUACCUUUUUGCUCUGUAAACACUAAAGCUUUCCCUCUCUGCAGCGGUGUCCAAACGAUUCGGCAAGGGGCCAGAAACGCCAUGUUGGAAAUACUUUCAGUUUUUUUGUAUUUCAUUAUUAUUGUAAAAAUAUCUUGUGUGUUUUUUAUUUUUUCCUGAUGGGCAGGAAAGUCAACAUGAUAGCAGACAGAUUUUCAAUUACUGAAUAUAAAAAAUAUAAAAUAGUUUUGCAGGUUUGAAAGAUUUAAAAAAAAACAUUCAAAAUUUUUCAAGUUGAUAUUUUUGGAGCAACUGUUAUUUUAACAUAAAAAACCUUCAGUUAAAAUUCUCACAUGGAAUCAAGGAUUAUAUUUAUUCAAAUUCUAAAAUACUAUCAAAAUCUAUUAAAUAUUAAUAGAUUUUGCUGGACGAUAAAUUGUCCCAGAAGUUAUCGUGAUAAAUGAUAAUAUUGUUGCUUUGAGACCAUUUUCAAGUAACAAAAAUCAGGAAACACUUUCUCUAAUAUAAGUAAACUUUAAAUUCUAAUUAAUGUUUAACACUGGAAUAUUUUCAAACUCCAAAAUAAAUAAGCAAAAUAAUACAAACAACAAAUGAAAUGAAAACUAAUUGAGACUAAUUACUUUUUUCAUCCAGCUUUAGUAGAAAAAAACAGAAAAAUGAUAAUGAAAAUUAUUGAGUUUGUUUUAAUUUUUCAUGCGAUAAAUUGAUUUAUUGCAAGAGGUCCAGUCUUUUUAGCAAUAAGAAGAUUUUAUGGCUUCAUAUUGAAGAGUUUAUUAAACAGUAAUAAAGAUGUUUAUAACCCCAGUUACUAAUCAAUAAAAUCUAAGCAAAAAUCUUUUAAUACAUUUACAUUUUAAGAUUUCACCCUAAAAUUGUUUUUAAAUCCUUCUUGAAUUGUGAUAAAGGGCCACUGAAAAUCAUUUCAAGGGCUGUGAAUGGCCCCCGGGCCGCGCUUUGGACACCCCUGCCUUACCGCCUCACUCGAUGUAGCUCCACAGAUUCAGCCGGUAGCAGAGGAGAGCUGCGCCAUGCAUGUCAGCUCUCUGUACAGCACGUCCUCUCGAUGAUGUCAAUGUUUUAUAAUCUUGCGCUUUUAAUAGAUCCGUGCUGAGAGUCGUGUGUCUUGUAUAUUACAGUCUUUUUUCCAGCUGUUAGGCAGACGUAUUAAAGAGGAUUGCCACUCAACUCUAACAAAAAUAUUGUUUUUUUGUUGUUUUUUUUUGUUGUUAAAAUAAAAUUUGCCCCCAGCUGUCUUGCAGGGGCGGGUCUAGAUUUUGUUUUCUUGGGGGGGCCAGGCAGGAGCACAAACUGUAAAAUUGCAAUUUCAUGAACAAACCUUGAAUAUUCAAGCUAUUUAUUUACCCAAAUAAAACACAUAGAUCUGCCUAGCAUAGAUUUGUUUGUUACAGUGGCUAAUCACAUGAUUAGCUUGUUUUAGCUUAGCAUAGCUUAACUGUAUAAAACUCUGUUUUUAGUGCCGUUAAGCUAACUCUGUUCAAUUUAUGAACUUAGUCAAAAUUACUGACUACAAAUUGCAAAUAACUGUUUUAUUUCCCGCUUUGCUCCUUUAUGAAGAGUUUUUUGUGUGUAGCUGAUUUUUCACAUUAUUAUUAUAUUAAACAUCAUAUAAAUGAAACUGCCAAAGGGACUAGAAAUGGAAAUUAGCCAGUUGGCUAUAAUCUCUUGUUAAUUAAUAGGAAUAAUCUAUUUCUACAAAUUAAAAUUAAAAAAAUUAUUAAUUACAGCAGGUGCAUUUCUGUCAUCUGCUGACAAUUAUUAUAGUAAUUGAUUAUUGUAUGGAUCAUAUUGACCAAUAGAUAAAAAAAUUGGCAAAUUUUUCAUUUAACCACAUAAGCCUUAUUUUACACAAUAUUUGAAGUAAUUCUUUACUUCUUCAAAUAGAACAAUAAUGUUAUUGCCUAAAAUGCAAUAACAUAAAUAUCUUUAAUUUGUAGUAAAAGAUGCGUCUGUAGCUCAAAACUUUUGAUUAUCUUCUGGAUUAAUAAAUGGAUAGCAAAAGUUGCUUUAAUUUUUAAAGAAUUUUAAUUUUUACAGGUGAAGGUUAAACUGCAACUUGAGGAUUUACAAAAGAGGUUGUUUUCUCUCUUUUUUAUCUUAAAUGCUAAAUGUUUAUAAACUGUAUAGUUUUGGUUCAAUCACUGUUCUGUGUUGUUCUUUCAGCAAAUGGCCAUUUUUAUGCUCCAGCUAACAAUUAAACGCUUACCAAAUUAGUUGAUGAUUACUUCAAUAAUAUUGAAUCAUGAUUAAUUUGGUUAAUAUGAUUCAUCUAUUCUACUGAUAUGGAGUGGAUGUAGAAUAUAAGGGUAGCCGGUCCCCCCUCAGCCACCCUGUGGCUACGCCCCUGCUCUCUUUUCACCUGAAAAUGAGUGGCGCUCCCCUUUCAGUUUAUCAGAAACUUAUCACCUCAGAGGACUUUGUAUCCACAUUAUUGUGGAAAGAUUUUAGGCUUAGGUUGAAAGUUUAGCCAAAUAGAAAGUGAAAGCCUUAAAGGCCUAAAUCAGGCAGCCCUCCUGGCGCAUUACAGGUAAAAAUCCUCUGAUGCUAAUCAGCCCAGGGAGCAUGUGUUGCUAAGGCAUUGUUGACAAGCCCUUUACUGUAAGUUGAUUCUAUGAUGUCAUCAGUGUGUUGUCAUUGUGUAAAAAAAGAUAAAAGGUUCUUAAAUAAAACGUUUUCUGACCCCAUAAAAGCCUCUGAGCAGGAGAGACUGUCAGCAUGCAUUCAGCCAUCUUUGUUUAUGAAACCCUUCACACUUCCAGGAGUUGGGACAUUAACAUAACACGUUGAAGAAGUCUGAUGUGUAAAUAUUAAAGAAUGCUGCAUUAUUUCAUCAUCAUGGUCACAGCUAACAGAUUUCCUGAAUACCAAGGAAAAUGAUUUUCAGACAAAGUUCUGUGCUAAGAUUUAGCGGAAGCUAACUGUCGAAGCUAACUUUAAUUCAUUCUGUCCUUGAAAUACAACUUAAAUGUGACAUAAUUGUCAUGUUUUUAACGCCCUCAGACAUUGUAUUUAUAUGUUUAUAUCUUG